AAGGCAUGGAGGCCAAGUUGCUUUAUACUGUGAAGCUACUGAAGUGUGGAUGAGGCAACCAGGACCAUGACCAUGACCAUGGCGAUGGUUCUUCUCUGCUCACCGUCUCUUCUCCCACCUCAUCAUUUUCUUAGGAAACAGAGUAAAAAGUUGUUAAGCGAGAAGAACUGUAAGUUAAAAGAGAAGAUAACGGUACGUUCAUGUGCUUCUUCUUCUUCGAAACCCAUUUCAGUAGAAGGGAUAUUCAGGAGAGAUUUGGUGCUCUUUGGUCUAUCUUCGUCCAUGUCCAUUGUCUUUCCGUCUUCGGUGUCUCUGUUGCAGGGUCCGUUGCAGAGGAAGACUUGAGAAUGGAUGCUUUGGUAGAUGAAAUAAAUGCCUAUACUUAUUUAUAUCCAGUGGAGUUGCCAUCUAAAAAGGUCCUCUUCAAAUGGGUAGAAUCCAGAAAGCCAGAACGAUAUUCAUCUGCUGCACCAUUGUCGCCUGAUGCCCGUCUGCGCAUUGUGUCUGAGCGUGUUGACAUUAUUGAUAACCUGAUCAUUUCGGUUACGAUAGGUCCCCCGAAUUUUCAAUUCAUAAAAUCUAAGGACAAGAGUACGUGGACAGCAAAAGAUGUUGCUGAUUCUGUUUUGUCAGACAAGUCUGCAUUGCGAGUCACCUCAAGUCAGCGGUUGGCUGAGAGUUCAGUUCUCGAUACCCAUACCAGUGAAAUCAAUGGUGAACCAUACUGGUAUUAUGAAUACCUUGUGCGCAAGUCACCCACCAAAACUGCUCAAGAGUCAAAUCUUUAUCGGCACUACAUUUCUUCAACAGCUGAACGAGAAGGUUAUCUGUAUACUGUAAAUGCUUCAACUCUAAGCAAACAGUGGAACAAGAUGGGGCCUUUCCUGGAGAAAACUGUAGCUUCAUUUCGUCUUCUUCCUCCCACAGAUAAUUAUGUACCUCCAUACAAGGAUCCAUGGAGAUUUUGGUGAUCAUGUUUCUUUUAAUUCAUUUGUUGCUGUAUCUUUUCUUCCCCACUCCUUUACAAAGUUUAAACUUCAAUAUAAAUGUCAUGGGAAUCUCCGAUUGGCAAAGUCAAGAUUAUAGUUCUCUUGCUGUGGGAUGACAAACAUAUAAACUCUCUCCUUAUGGUUGAUUGAGGAUUCCAUACAACAUCAAGUUGAUUGUUUUUCCUUUUAGCUUUUA